GUUGUUUGAAACAUAGAACUGUUUCUCCCCAUUGCGGGACCAGUCAGUUCAGAAAAGCUAUAAUGUCUGCGAUCUUGACCAAGUCCUUGUCCCGCGCUGUGUCCCGCGCCUCCCAAGUGCGCCACAUGUCCGCGCACGGCUCGGAUGCUGAAGCUCUCCAGCAAAUGCAAUUGUGGACUCGCAUCUCGCAAGGCGCGAUUGCGUUCACGGGUGUGUUUACCGUCAUCAGCUUUGCGGCCCACUUCAACCAUGAACAUGCUGACCACCACGACGCCCCUGUGUACUCCCACAACAAGAUCCGCAACAAGCCUUACCCUUGGAAGUACUCGGACUGCAACAUCUUUGACUACCACUGCAAGGAAGUUGCCGCCGCCGCUGAAAAGGGCCUCGCCCAUUAGAAAUUUGGAUCCUUCCCAGGAGCAAACGAGUCGUCAUUCAACCCUGCUAAUGGAUUUUCGCCCGUCAUGACGCGUUCACUCAAACGAGAUGAGCAGGACAACAAUUAUUACGUUUGUCUUAAUGCAGGUCGUCAAACAGC